AUGUCACUCGGACGUAAAACCUUUCACUGCGCCGUGGACGAAACGGCUCUGACCACCAAUAUCAGCGAAAUCAAGAAAUGGACCACCAGCGGGGCCAUCGACCUCAUUGUCCCUCUUUACACUCUUGAACGCCUCCAUGCCUUGAAGAGGGCGGGGUCACAAAUCGCUAUCAAUGCCCGCGAGGCCGUUCGCUUCCUCGACCGCGUCACCUCUGGAAAAGAUCACAUCGUCGCCGACCGUGUCGCCCUCCAGGGCCCGAUGGAACAGUACGAGCGUUGGGAGGAUGCCGAGAAAUUCUUUCUGCCAGAAUUCGAAGAGGAGCCCGAGGUGCUCGACGAGACCGCUUCUCCCGAUUCCGCGACCGAAUCUCCCAAUCACCAAGCCUCCGAAUCAGAUGAUCUGUCGCAGAUGCUGCUGAGCAAAUUGAAUUUCAAGAAGGAAACCGAAGCCGCUUCUGUCACCUCCGCGGGCUCUCCCAGCGGGCCCAGAUCGCGCACGUCCUCCCGCAGUUCGCGCACCAGCCCUGAAUGCGCCCAGCAUGAGAACGGCAGUACCGGCAAGACUGAGAAGAAGGGACACCAACGUACUUCCUCUGCGUCUACUAUUCCUGUGGUUCCGCUGGUGCUGCGCCCGUUGCUGAGUGCGCUGCUGUGGCGGCUGCACAGCGGCCCGGAUGCGGAGAAUUCUGCCAAAAGCUGUAUUCUGGUGACCAACGAUCGUGCGACCCAGGUAUGGGCUCAGAAGUUCGGUAUCGGCGUGAAGAAUAUCGUUCAGCUGCGUACUGCGAUUCAAUACGAAGAGCGCGAAUACAAGAACCGCUGUAAAUACGUUGAGAAGACUCAGACUCAGACCCAGGCUACCGAGCCCAAGACUCUGCUGUCCUACGAGGAUGAUAGUGAUGAGGAUGAGCUAGUCUUUGUUCCCCGCGGCCGUGGCAGCGGAGGUGGAAACAGCAAGGGCUCUUCUCGUGGUGCACGGGGUGGAUCCUCUCGCAAGACCGCUGCUCCGAAGGCUACGAAGGCUUCAAAGGCUCCCAAAGCUACCAAGGCUAUCCCAGUGACUCCCGAGACCAAGGCCCAGUCCCCGAUUGACGUCCCCACGCAGCCCAUCGAUCCGAAUUCCUUCAGCCGCACCCUCGGCGCGAACAAGAACCCUACGGUUGAUUUGAGUUCGCAGCAGGGCGCUACUCGCGGUAUGUCCUCGGCCUCGCGUCGCUCGGCUACUUCUCGUCGUGGAGGGUCUACUCGUGGUGCGUCGCGCGGCAGCGGCCGAGGACGAGGCAAGCUCUGGGUUCCUUGA